GUAGCUGUGUCAGUUUGUGGUAUUUAUCGAAAUAGAAGCAACUGCACUUAUCAUUCUCUCAUUCUCCUCAAGACAGCCGAAAAACCUCGCACGCACUACCAUCAAUAACUAUAAAGCCCAUUUUCACAGAGGCCCCCCCCCCUUCCUUCAUUCUCCCACCAUAAGGAAAUUAGACAACAGCACAAUAUCGAUGCAAAAAAAUGGUGUUGCUUCACUCUCUUUUAAACGUCGGCAUAUUGGCGUUGCUGCUCUUGUUUGCGUUCCAAUAUCAGGUCGUGCGCAAUAGCGAGGUAGCCGAUGCGCGGCAUGCCCUUGCCUCUUACCUCUUCGCCAGCGGUGACCGCAGUUAUGUCCUCUUACACCGCCGGAUCGAGACGAUUGACGAGUUUGUGAGCGUCCUGGAGCACACCGUACGAGCCUACUACGCCGUUCCUACCCGGAGCCGUGGGCUGUUCAUGCACUACACCGACCUGAGCGCGACGCGAGGCACCAACAGCGACGUCAUUGCCCCACCGGAGCUCUACGUGCAGUACCACGCGGGCAACAGCGGCUCCCCGGCCUUUGCGCGAAUUCUCACGGAGACGUACCCGCUCACGCUGGACAACCUCAUCGGCCCUUUUACCAAGGCCACAGCGUUGCUGCGCAGUGACGGCGAGUCGUGCGCGCCGCAGGUCGACCUCGUCGCCGGUGGCACCUUCAUCCCUUGUCGUGUCUCGACGAUUGGCAAUUUGUUGGACCGAGUGGUGCAGCUGCGGCUCUUCUUCUCGCUCUUUUCACGCGGGCGGCGGUGGCCAGGUGGCGGGGUGAUGACGACGGUCCCGUCGACGUGGGAUGUUGUGGUGGAAUACGGGUUCGAGGGCCACAAGGCGGUCAUGACGAUGACGGCGCGCUUGUCGUCGGUGUCGUACCGGCAGCCCGAGCGGGGCCCUCUGCUGGGGUGCUGGUUGGUCAUGUUUGCUGCCUUGAUAGAUCUGUACUGGCGCCUCCGCACGCGGCUGAAGGACGCGGCAGCCACGACGGGCAAGCAUCCUGUGCGCAGGGAGCGAUGCUCGCCCCUCACAACAAGCAGCCGCACGCCGUCGCGGACGCCGUUGGAUUCGACAGAGGUGAAGGAAAACGGCUGGCGGUGGCUAGGUUACCUCUCCAACGCGAUCGUCCUUGCCUUCGCCGCGACGGCGCUCGUCGCUCAACACCGCGGACAAACCAGUGACUCGCUCGAGGAAGCCGUGACGCUGCUGCUGGCGUUUGCCGCGCUGCUCAGCAGCUUUCGUGUUGUCGUGCUACUGAAACUGUUUCCGGCGUGGUACGUGCUGAUCGACGGCCUGGCCACGGCGCUGGCGCAGCUGUUUGUGCUCGCGGUCGGUGUGUUGCCGGUGCUCAUCGGAUUCGCCGUGUGCGGCACGGCGGUGUUUGGCGGGCUCAGCAACAACCCCCACUUUCAAUCCGUACCCGCCGCCAUCGUGACCAUGCUGUGCUCCAUGUUUGGCGACAACUUAUUCAACACCUUUGUCCGCAUGGACCAGUCUCCGCACCGGCUGCAGAUGUACUUCGCCCGCUUCUUCUUUGUCACCUUCAUGGCGCUGUUUGUGUGCAACAUUCUGAACAUCGCCCACAGCAUCAUUCAGGACUCCUACAGUCAGGCGUUGAAGACGUAUGCGGACACCGCGGCGGCAAAGGCGGCCGCGGCAGCGUCGUCCUCUCCCGCACAGCAGCAAUUCGGUGGUGGGCACGAGGAUGACGACGACGACGUGGAAGGGGAAAAGUAUAACGACGGAUCCGGCACAUGGAAGAGACGAAAGAGCGAAGAAGAGAAAAUCUGCACGUGCUCAACUGCCGCGAGGAGCACCUCUGCAUCUCUGUCAUCGUCGCACGACGGUGAGCGAUGCAGCGUGUGUGGUUUACAGAGGCAGCAGCAGCGGCGGCUCCCGUGGGCGCGCAGGGGUAAGUCACUUCGCGCUGCUGACGUGGAGCGCAUGCUUCGCCAGCUCCGCAAACUUUCACUUUAG